CUAUGUCCUCCCAGACUCUGUGUCGUCACCUCCAUGGUCUUUCCCGGGCAGGCCUCGGCUCAAUCACUCGUUUCCGGUUUAACAGGCAGCUCCUCCGUUCCCGACGAUACAAGAGCCAAAGUGCACCGGUGCAUGCGUCCGAUGCGCCGCUCAGAAGAUCCUACCUCUAUGUUCCUGCUUCUUCCGAUCGAAUGCUCCAAAAGUCGCUAUCGAACGAUUCAGACAUGAUUAUAUACGACCUAGAGGACAGUGUACCCCCCACUGCGCUGGACAAGAGCUCUGCUCGCGAACGUCUGUCCAAAUUCCUCUCAAGGCCCGACCUGCCACCCAGAGAACGCGUUUCUGUACGAGUCAAUGGGGUGACGACGCCUUACUUCGCGGAGGAUAUUUCCAAGAUCCUGGCUUCGGGGGCUGUGGGUGGCCUAGUACUUCCAAAAGUGCACUCGGCCGAGAUUCUGGAUACUGUCGAGAUGUCCAUUCGUGAAGCUAGUGGAACGGCCGGCGCUCCCAUCAGAUUGGUUGCCAGCAUUGAAAGUGCACUGGGAAUGUGGAAUCUUAGAACGAUUGCGCCGUGGAAAGCUGGGGGCGGUCAGAGAGGAAGUUCUCUGUCUGCGUUACUGUUUGCCGCUGAAGAUUAUUGUGCAGAUACUGGGAUAUUGCGAUCGUCGUCCAGGACGGAGUUGCUGACCACGCGCUCCUCGAUCGUCAUUGCUGCGAAAGCCUUCGGCCUCGAAGCUAUCGACAUGGUAUGCGUGCAGUAUAAGGACCUGGACUACCUGAAAGAAGAAUGUCAAGACGGUCGUCGAUUAGGCUUCACCGGCAAGCAAGCUAUUCAUCCGACGCAAGUAGAUACCAUCCAAUCGGCCUUCGUCCCGACAUCGGCCGAAAUCGAGCGUGCGGCCAAGAUAGUUCAUGCAAUGCAACGCGAACAUUCACUCAAUCGUGGCGCUACAGGACUGGAAGGAGAAAUGAUCGACCAGCCCAUGAUCCUACAGGUGAGCGAUCUUACGGCCCAUCUUAUAGCCAUGUCCACAUCAGCAUCGUAGGCGGAAAGAAUCUUGCGACUCGCGCGCGCUGCUAGUCUACAUAUUCCCAAGGUUGAUUGAGCCUUGUUUGUCACAUUCUGUACUAUCAUUCGAUGCGAUUGCUUCACAUCUCUGAAAUGCUCACUUAUAUGCUGUGUAAAUAACCCGUGCGCUUGUAUUUCACCAACCUUCUUUCUCGCGGCCUAAUUUUCAUCCCGCCGUUCGGUCGCCGACUCGCCGAUGGGAGACAACACAUGACGAACAUCUUGGCAUACCGCACUUGAUCAUGAGCUUGUAUCUCUACGAACUACCGACUACUGGUGCCAUCUCAUUCUCCGAGUUUUGCUCGGACACUACUCCGGACAACGCCCACACGAUCCAUCUCUCAGACACGACUCAGACGCGUGCCAAUCUACGCGGUAUCCUCAAAGAAACCAAGCGAACGCAAGAUGACGAUAAGGACUACUUGAGGCUCGUCAAGGUUCUUGACGAAUACCUUCCGAAGCUGCGAGGGAUCAUAGUCUGUGUCGCUGGGAAAGAGAUGGAGCUGAAAUCGGAGCCUACCUUUAGUUGGCGUACGACGCUCUCUGCUAAUCUCUUCAAGACUUCGCCUCGUCUCUCGAUCCCCUCCCUACACGGGGAGCACGCCUACUCACUAUUGACCUACGCUUACGCACUGUCGAAUCUCGCCAAGGCAAAGACGACUGCCUUGGGAAACUAUGAACAUGAUCGAGGGAUCUCCGACGCAGAUCGCAAAGCGAAGGACAAUCAGCUCACGGUUUCCGCCGAUCUCCUGUGUCGAGCAAGCGGCGUUUUCUCGUACAUCAGUACCACGGUAUUGAUAGAAUGGGAGAAUGCACAUGUUGCAUCUGCUGGGGAUCUGACGAAGCCCCCGGAUCUUACCCAGGAGGUGAAUAGCGCCCUGGCCAAGCUGUCUUUGGCCGAUGCUCAGACCCUGGCCAUCCGCAAGCUACUUUCCAGAUCUAUCUACGACAGCUAUGUUGCCCCUGGCCCUCCCUUGCCGAAGUCCCAUCCCUCCCCAGCUCUCAUAUCAAAAUUACACCUCGAAUGUUCUUCGUUGUAUGGAUCUGCUCUGACAUUAUCCAAAACCUUGGGUAGCACGAGCAAAAGCAGAUUCAAGCCAUCCGACGAGGUGUCGUCUGAUUUGCGACGUUAUCUCACAGACGAGGCUGCCUUUCACAACGCGAUGGCUCACAAAUGGCUUGGGAUUGACGCUGGAGAGAAUGGAGGAACAGACCGUGGUGGAGAAGCUGUGGCACUCUUGGCUUGGGCGAAGAAGGACCUAGAAGAGCUCAAGAGUCGCAGGAAGGACCGAGUAAUUGAAGAGUUGGCAGGCGUGAAUGUGUUCCUAAAGCAUUACAAGAAGGUCAACGAUUCUGUAAGCCAUCCGCCCCUGAUGACCUCCAUCCGCUCAAGCGCAUCCAAGCUACAUUUCCAGCCCGUGCCAACACAAUCAGAGCUCCAAGUCCGGAUACCCGCAGGUCGAUUGGUGCUUUCUCCCAAGCCUUUCCAGGCACCGCAACCCGCUUUUGGCCCAGGUUCAAUAGACGGGAUACGUCGUCAGACAGGAGAACUGGAAGUGGACGACGGCCCAGCCUCAGCCAGCUAUGCUGGAGCAGGCUCCUACUUCUGAAGUUGUCUUAGAUGCCUUGCCAAUGAUACAACACAGUGCCCUGUAUAUUUGCUCAUGAGCGUGUGAUCCAGCCGCCAUACAUUCACUUGCCGUGCUGUUGCUUUUUUGGACAACUUUUCGAUUCACUAGUGCAAUUAGGCAUUUGUUGACCCGCGCCUGGUUGAGAUCGGGAGGUGAUAUGAGAUCGGUCACUGUGCACCUUAGUUAGUAGUUCCUUCGAGAGCAAUCUGUAAAAUUACGUUUGACAACUCGAUUAGAUGCAUCGAGGAGGCCCUCGAUAACGGAUUCCAUGUUCCGACGCAGAUUCUGAGGGUAUGGUACAUGAGGCACGGCUGCAAGAUUGCUGUAGUACUCACAGGAUCGCUUCCACGGAACUCCAACGGCAAGCAUGCGAUCACCUUCUCCACCUCAAUCUAGAAAGUUCAGCAAGUAAAACAAGGGUACAAGUCAGGAGACGUACACUGCGCUCUUUCUUCUCUUUGGCAGUCAAUUUGGGUUUCCCGGCCUUUUUCUUGACACCUGGCCUAGACAAAAGUGCUGAAGUGGUGUUUCCUACAGCAAAUGUUGUAUCCGUGUAUGUUUGUUCGAACGCCUCCGCUUCUCGUGCGGAUGCUUCGCGUGCGGCAGCUUCCCUUCGUUCCGCUUCAAUGGCAGCCGCACGGUUUGCUUGUUCGAUCGCUUCCAUCGCUGCUUUUGCGUCACGUUC